GUCACAAAACAUAAACAUAUGAGCGACAUAACCUAAAAAUGCGAAAAAUAUAUUUAAACUAAACUGUAAACACGACAAACAUUUUGAAGCAAAAAUGGCUUAUACGGCAACAAAUAAGAUGUUCCCGGCGAAUCACAAAACGGUGUUCGUUUUAGAUCACACUCCAUAUUUUGGAAUAUCUUGUGAAAGCACAAUCGAGUUCGAUUUUCAAAAAGGUCGAAAUACCUUCAUUCCUAUACAACCAAUACAUAAAUCAUUAUGGACAUGUAGUGUUGAAUCUGCUAUUGAAUAUUGUAGGAUUGUAUGGGAUUUAUUUCCUAGUGGAAAAUUGGUUAAAUUCAUUGUUAGUGAUAGUACUUCACACAGCUUAAACACUUGGAGUCAUUUACAACAGAAUACAAAUAAUAUUAUGAAUGGUUUGGCAUUAAUCGGAACUCCACCAUCUCCACCUCAAAUAAGAUCACCAAGAUCUUCAGGCGAUUUCACAGUUUUACAUGGGCUCAGAUCUGCUGUUGAAGCAUUAAAUGAAUCUACAGAUAUCCAACAGGAGAAAAUCAAUGAGGAAAGUGGUGUUAAAGUCAUUAAUAGAGGUAGAAUAAUUUGUAUAACUUCAGCUCGAGAUAAUGAAAGUAUGAAGAGAUUAGAAGAGAUCAUGCUUGGGAUUUUGGAGGGACAAAACGAAACAGCCAAUAAUUCAGAGAGCUUAAUUCCAAUUGAUCACUGCCAUUUGGUUAUUUUAAAUACAUUUCCCAUUAAUGUAGAGUCUCAAGUAUCUAGCCAUGGACCAAAAAUUCUAUCACCAAAUUUAACAACAGAGGUUCAUCCAGUGAAAGCUACCCAAAUAUCAACUAAAUUAUCUUCAUUAAUUCUUCAACAUUAUGAUUUGGGCAGUACAACUGUAACAGGUAUUCCAAUGAAAGAGGAACAAAACGCAAGUUCUUCAGCGAAUUACGACGUUGAAAUCUUCCAUUCAAGCGAUGCCCAUGCCACCAUUUUAAAGGGAACAACUUCUUGCGAUGCGACGACGAUAAAAACAGUCAAGGAAGGUUUUGAAUAUGAAACUGUAACAUUAAAAUGGUGUACCCCGCGUGGUUGCAGCGCUGCAGAGUUACAAAAUUGCACCAAGAUGCAUAGAAUUACUCCUGUGGAUGUGAAUUCUCGACCCUCUUUAUGUUUGAUUAAUUUUUUGUUGAAUGGUCGUAGUGUUAUGUUGGAGAUGUUGAGGAAGACGGGAGGUAAAAUGACAAGUCAUUUAUUGGCUGCUCACGGUGGGGAGAUUUUCAUUCACACUCUUUGUACUGCUAGGUCAGUAUUAGAAGAUCCACCUUCGAUAUCUGAAGGUUGUGGAGGACGAGUUACAGAUUAUAGAAUUCCAGAUUUUGGAUUAUUCAUUCAACAGAAUAAGCUACUUUCUGUGAAAUCGAAUUAUGGCGCUCAACUUCAUCCAGUUCAAAGAAUGAAAUCCCGUCUUAGCAGACACACCAAAUAUUGGCCUCUGACAAUUAGUUCGACUUUGAUAUUCAAUUUAAAAGGGAGUUUGGAACCUUUACCCAAAUUAAUCACAAAAGAAAAGCUCUUCGACGAAGAAGUAAAUCAAUGUAAACAAGUUAUCUAUAAUUUGUUAACUCAAGAAACGAAACACGAACCUUUAAAUCUACCGAAUAUCGGUCAAAGGGGAAGCAAAGGUGGUCAGAAGCGCGAGGAGCAAUACAAAUUGAUGUGGAACGAAUUGGAAACAUUAAUUAAAAAUAAUUUACACUCAGAAAAUCAUCGUACUAUUUAUAAGGUUUUAAUUGAAUGUCAUAAGUUUAACUUGGACGGCGACGAAAAAAUGGAAGUCGAUCAAAAUUUAGAGCAACGAGUUUCUGUAAUAAGAGCCACAACAGAUUCACCAAUGUCUCCACCACCAUUAACUACAAUUUCGGCGAAUUUAACAAGACAACCCAAUCUAAAAUCAGGGACGAAAAGUUUAUUAGAUAUCUACAUGGAAAAAGAGAAAUGUAAAUCAAGGCCUGAAUUUGCGGGAAUUUUAAAUAGCGAUGGUCCCGUUACUAAAUUGUAUUCUAAUUUAAAAACGGACGAUUGGGCACCGCGUGAAGGAUCAGGAAUUCAAGUAGAAUAAGAGUAAUCAUUAGGAAUAGUAAACAUGUGUAUGUACUUUAAAAUGAAAUACAUGUGGGAAUGUGAAAUGUCAGUGGGUGUUUAAUGUUACACUAAAAAUUAUGAAUUUGUACAGUAAUAAAUAAUCCUGACAUGUA